AUGCCGGAUGCCUCGCAGAAAGACCAAAAAGGCGGCGGCCAAGACAAAGAUGAUCUUGCGUUGGAUGCCUUGUCCGUGCACCUGCCGCAAGCAGUUCUGAUGCUCCAUUAUCUAUGGUGGCUCAGCCGUGACCGCUUCGUGCUGUCUGUGGGGCACGCGUCUGCCUUGUACUACAGCAUGCUCCACCUUGUUGGAACGGGCAUUGGAGGCCCCUACGAGGUGUGCAUGGAGCAGCUGAAGCAGUUCCGCCAAGCGGGCAGUAGCACUCCCGGCCACCCCGAGUUUCGCAUGACCAGCGGCGUGGAGGUGACGACAGGCCCUCUGGGCCAGGGCUUCGCCAACGCGGUGGGAAUGGCGAUCUCUGAGGCCCACCUCGCCGCGCGCUUCAACCGCGAGGGCUUCACCCUUUUCGACAACUACACCUAUGUGCUCGCUGGUGAUGGCUGCCUGAUGGAAGGUGUCGCGCAGGAGGCCUCCUCCCUCGCUGGUCAUCUGAAACUGCACAAGCUCAUCGUCUUCUACGACGACAACAAGGUGACGAUCGAUGGCGGCACCGACCUUGCUUUCAGUGAGGACGUGGGCGGUGUCUUUGCGGCCAAAGGCUGGAAUGUGCUUCGACUGGAGGAUGGCAAUCAGGUUGAUGCGAGCGUCUACAGAAAGGUUGUGGAGGAAGCCAAGACUCAAAAGGAGAAGCCGACCAUCAUCAUCAUGAAGACGACCAUCGGCUGCGGCGCUGGCAAGGGCAUCGAGGGCACCUCGAAGGCCCAUGGAGGCAAGUUCUCGAACUUGGAGGAGCUGCGAAAGAAGUGGCACUCUCCUGCGGGUCUACGGAGCGGCGGGGGCGAGCUGGACAAGCAGGUGGCCGAGUUAGUGCAACAAGAGCUGGAUGCCUUGGCCGCCUACGGAAGCCCCGAGAGCAGCUCUUCUGCCAAGUCAGGGGUGCUUCCGAAGUUUUACGUGCCGAGGCCGGUCCUGCAGCGCUUUCGAAGCUACGGAAAGGAAGGCGACAGCCUCUGCGAGGCUUGGGAGGGCCUCUGCACCCGAUACUGCGAGACCUUCCGUCAGAAGGAGCCCGCAGUGGUGCGGGACUUGGAGGAGCGGCUCCAGGGGAAGUACGUGUCCGACAGCUGGGAGGCCUCCGCGGAGAAGUACCUGUCCACUGAGCUUGCUUCCAUCAUGUCAGCCCUUCCCGACCUUCGGAACGAGGAGAACCCGACUGAAGGGGAUGAGCCGCCGGCGAAGCGUUUCAAGGUGGGCGCGAAAAGCUUCAAGUACAAAGCUGGCAGAGUGUACGUUUCGGAGGUUCUGAAGAAUUUCGCUGAGCAGAACCCAGCGCUGAUCGGAGGAUCUGCUGACGUCGCCAGCAGCGUCGGGGCCCACUUCCCAAGCGUUCAAGGCCACUUCCUCCCGCCCUCCCUCCGGCCGGGCUGCAGCUACGCCGGGCGCUACAUCCACUUCGGCGUGCGCGAGCACGCGUGCCUCGCCAUCCUCAACGGCAUCUGCUCCUACUCCGCGCUCAUCCCCUACGCCUCCCUCUUCACCGUCUUCUUCCAGUACGGCAUGCCUGCACUCCGAAUGGCCUCAAUCUCCAAGUUCCCAGUGCUUUACAUCGGCACGCACGACUCCAUCGACCUGGGGGAGGACGGCCCGACGCACCAGCCCGUUGAGGUCUUGCCGCAGCUGCGCGCCAUGCCCAACUUCCUCGUGGUCCGCCCCGCGGACGUGGAGGAGGUGGUAGGAGCUUUCCGUGUUUUUGCCGAGCAGUACACCGGCCAUCGCGAUGUGGAGCAGUACAUCGACCCCAAGCCUCUGAAGCGCCGCCCUGUCUUCAUCAUGACCUCGCGGGGGGAGCUCGGCCUUCCCUACAAAAGCAAUGCCCCGCUGAAGGGCCGCGAUGGGGUCCUGAGAGGAGCCUACGUGGUACAUGACUGCCACGACACGCACACGGCGCAGCUGACAACCUCCCAGCUGCCGGACAUCAUUCUCAUAGGCAGCGGCCAGGAUGUGGCGCUGGUCAUGGAGACGAAGGCUCUCCUUCUGCAGUGGUCGCGGAAGGUGAACCAGCAGCUGUCAGGAGCCUUCGACGGCUUCCCUCCGGCGAAAUGGGAGAAUCAGGCACUGCUGAAGGUCCGAGUCGUCUCCAUGCCCUGCUGGGAGAUCUUCGAUGAGCAGGAUCAGGAUUACCAGGAUUCGGUGCUUCUCUCCAACUACAACGACAUCCUUCGCAUCUACGUGGAGAAGGCCGCCACAAAGAACACUGGGCACGACAAGUAUGCCCACUUCUCGAUCCUGAUGCCCUCCUAUGGCCUGUCCGGGAAG